GACCGGAGGAUCACGCAGGAAGGUUCUUCUCUCUGUGGUCAUGAGUGGCAGCAAUGGGCAGCCUGACAUCCAUACCUAUCAACCACUAUCGGAGGAUUGCCCCUUUGGCUCUGUGGAGCAGCCCAAGAGAUCCACGGGGAGACUCAUCAUGCACAGCAUGGCCAUGUUUGGCCGAGAAUUUUGCUACGCAGUGGAGGCAGCUUAUGUGACUCCAGCCCUGCUCAGCUUGGGCCUGCCCAAUAGUUUGUACAGCAUGGUUUGGCUCCUCAGCCCUACCUUGGGAUUCCUGCUGCAACCUGUGGUGGGAUCAAUCAGUGAUCACUGCAGAUCCAGGUGGGGCCGCCGCAGACCCUACAUCCUGACACUGGGCAUCAUGAUGCUCUUGGGGAUGGCCCUGUACCUCAAUGGAGAUGCUGUUGUAUCAGCUUUGGUGGCAAACCCAAGGAGAAAGAUGGUGUGGGCUGUAACUAUCACCAUGAUUGGUGUGGUUCUCUUCGAUUUUUCUGCUGACUUCAUUGAUGGGCCUAUCAAAGCCUACUUGUUUGAUGUCUGCUCCCACCAGGACAAGGAGAAGGGCCUCCACUACCAUGCCCUCUUCACAGGUUUUGGCGGUACCCUUGGCUACCUUUUGGGUGCCAUAGACUGGGUUCAUCUGGAACUGGGAAGGCUGCUGGGCACCGAGUUCCAGGUCAUGUUUUUCUUCUCUGGCCUGGUGUUCACUUUGUGCUUUAUCACCCAUCUGUGCAGUAUCCCUGAAGCCCCGCUCAGAGAUGGUACACAAGACCCUCCCUCAUGGCAGGUCCCUCAGGGCUCUUCAUUAUCGGCAGAUGGGAUGCAGGAAUAUGGUUCUAUUGAGAAAGUUAAAUACAGUGUUGCAGACACAGACCUGGUAAUGCAGGGAGGGACAAACAAGAAAGCCCCCGAACAGAGUCAGAGGGCAAUGUCGAUGAAGUCACUUCUGAGAGCAUUAGUGAGCAUGCCGUCCCAUUAUCGCUGCCUUUGCAUCAGCCACCUCAUUGGAUGGACUGCCUUCCUGGCAAACAUGCUGUUCUUCACAGAUUUCAUGGGACAAAUCGUAUACCAAGGGGAUCCCUACAGUUCACACAAUUCCACAGAGUUUCUCACUUAUGAAAGAGGAGUUGAAGUUGGAUGUUGGGGCUUGUGCAUCAACUCUAUGUUUUCUUCAAUUUAUUCUUAUUUUCAGAAAACUUUGGUUUCCUAUGUUGGAUUAAAGGGCCUUUAUUUCAUGGGAUAUUUGCUCUUUGGCUUGGGGACAGGAUUCAUAGGACUCUUCCCAAAUGUCUACUCUACCCUGGUCCUCUGUUCUAUGUUUGGUGUGAUGUCCAGCACAUUGUAUACUGUGCCCUUUAACCUCAUUGCUGAGUACCACCGUGAGGAGGAGAAAGAGAAGCAGCAGGGAGCCCCAGGAGUGCCUGACCAUGGUGGCAGGAGAGGCAAAGGUGUGGACUGUGCUGCACUCACCUGCAUGGUGCAGCUGGCUCAGAUCUUGGUUGGAGGUGGCCUGGGCUUCCUGGUCAACAUGGCUGGGAGUGUCAUCGUGGUGGUGAUGACAGCCUCUGCGGUGGCACUGAUAGGCUGUUGUUUUGUGGCUCUCUUUGUUAGAUAUGUAGAUUAGGUUUUUAAUGAGACAUGGACCCAAACCUCAGACAAAUGAGGCCUGUGGCAAGAAAUGAGGCUUUGGGUACUGUAUACCCCAUGUUGGAAUCUCCCUU